AGAGACAGACCUCUCCCAUGGCGGAAGCCGACGCGCAAACCCAGAGCCGCGCCCACGCCUCGCCGCCGGCGGCCCCGCCGCUGGCGGAGGCGACUGGCGAGCCGAUCCGGUCGCCCCAGGUUGGCGCUCCAAAUGCUGCUUCUCCGAUGUUUCCGCUCAUGUACCCGAUGCUCGUGCCAGGGAUGAUGUACUCCCAGCAGGGUGCGGAUGAUCUGGCGCAGGGUCCAGGGAUAUAUGCCAUACAGGAGAAUCAGUUUAUGGGAGGCUACGCUGCAAAGACAUUCGUACCGCUCACUUACAAUAUACCAACAAGUGAAAGCGUCGGUGCAUUGGCUGGUGAAGAGCAAGGACAGGAUGCUAGGCAGCAAAAUGGCCCCCAAAGACAAGUUGUUGUGAGGAGGUUUCACUUUGCUUUUCAGCUUGACCUGGCUCUGAUCAUCAAGUUAGCAGCAGUGGUCUUCUUGUUUAGCCAGGAAGGAUCGAAGCAAAGGCUGUUUCUUCUCAUAUUGUUUGCGUCCUUGAUUUACCUAUAUCAGACUGGAGCAAUUACACCUUUCUUAAGAUGGCUCCAGCGAGCGGGAGGUGUGGCUGCUCGUCCACCACAGGCUCCUGCUAACCGCGCUCCUCUGGCUGCCCAGAAUGAUGGCAAUAAUCAACAACCUGGUGGAAAUGUUGCAGAUCCUGCGAACCCUGACCAAGCUGCGGAGAACCAAGAACCAGGAGCAGCAGCGGGCGACGAGAACCAGCAAGGGGCAGAGGGAGAAGCGAACCGGCGCAGCUGGCUCGGCGGCAUCUUGAAGGAGAUCCAGCUGGUUGUUGUAGGGUUCGUCGCGUCACUUCUUCCUGGUUUCCAGCAUAACGACUAGGCCACGUCUUGUCUCCGCGGGGCAUUGUAAUUGUUUCUUGUGACUUGUGACGUAGAGGGAGAGACAAGCAGAUGAUAUAUAUGGAGUGGGUUCAGCAAAUAAGACUUGUGUAGUAGCAUCUGUUUGUUAUAUAAAAUUGGCUGGAUGCAGUGU